ACCAAGGAGCACGGCGCCGCGCCCGGGCAAGAAUGUGCAGAGGACCGGACCUUCCCCGCGCACGCGCGAGCUGCUUCCCAUGAGAUAAGUGUUUGAAAACAGCACAUGUUUAAGUAUGCAGUCUGCUAAUAUGCUUCUGAAGAAAAUUGUAAAAAGUUCUGUCCUUCCAUUUGCCGCACAACAUGGGGUGAAAAAGGAUUUGUUUCCGCUCAGUAGAGCUCUGAGUUUAUCACUUUGCUUGAAGCAAGACAAGCCAUGCAAUCCCUCAGAAAAACUAGAUUUAGAUGCAUGGAAGAAGGUAAUGAGGUCUGGGUUGCAAGAAGAAGCCAGUGAGACAGUCCCUGACCAUAAGGAGCUUUCCACUUUGGCUGCUGCACGUGAGAUUUUGUCGAUGUGGAGACUAGCUGGCAGAGCGGUUCCAGAAAACAUCAGUGAUGAACAGCUAAAAACCUUCAUGGAAUGUCCUUCCAAGUCAGCCAAAAAGAAGUAUUUAAAAUUUUUGCACAUCAAAGAAAUUCAGAAGAAAAAUGACAAAAGAAAGCUGGAUGAGAAAAGGGAAAGGAGGCUGGAAGCACAAGAGCAAGCUUCAGAAACUGAGGAGACCAAAAGGAAUUCAUUGAUAUGUUUGUGGUCCAGGUCUAUGGAUAGAGCAUACAACUGGAGGGUUGCUCAGUCUAUGAUCUUUGGCCAACCUCUAGUAUUUGACAUGUCUUAUGAAAAAGAGAUGUCCACCCGGGAAGUCACAAAUACGGUGAGACAGGUGGUGUUGAGUGAAAGCUGCAAUCGAAGAUCUGUGGAUCCGUUCCACCUCCAUUUCUGUAACUUGAAAGACGAUAGCCUCUAUCAUAAGGAAUUUCUCAAGCAUUACAGGGAGGCGUGGGGCAAAUUGCUUGUCACUGUGACAGACCAGUGCUACACAGAGAUCUUUCCAAAGGAUAAGCUUAUCUAUCUAACUGCUGAUUCUCCCAAAGUGAUGAAAACGUACGAUCACAACAAAAUCUAUAUUAUCGGGUCGAUGGUUGACAGGAGCAUAAAAACAGGAGUUUCUUUAGCACGGGCAAAGCGAUUGGGGCUGGAGACUGCGGCCCUUCCGUUGGAGAAGUACUUGCUUUGGAAUACUGGUGCCAAAAACCUCACGCUGGAUCAAAUGAUGCAUAUUUUAUUAACCUUGAAAGACACUGGAGACUGGAAGAAGGCUCUGGAAUAUGUUCCAAAAAGGAAAUAUUGUGGUUUUGUAAACAAGCCUGUAAAUGAACUGAAAAAAACCUUAAGCCUGAUGAACACACUUAAACUUGGAAAGAGACGGGAUGAAGUACCAAAGCAAUUGGCUAAGAACUACUAUAAGAAGCAAAUGCAGAAGUAGAGUGAUAGGGAAGAGAAUGACAUUUUACAGGCAAACUGUGCCCCACAAUGACUCAGUUUCUUGAGAUUCCUGGAACUGUUGGCUAAGUUUGCAAGGACCAUUGUUAGGGAUUUUUCUUUUUUUUUUUUUUUUUAUUAUCAUCCCAGCUGUCGAAAUUUAUUCACACAUUAUUGAAAUUAUGUAAGAGAAAUGAGAAAAUCUGUUCUAAAAAAAUUACUCUGUGCAAAGAACAUCAGUCUGUUCAUUUGAAACAUGCUGGGACAAGAGUGAUUUGUACCCACGUGUGAAGGUCGGUUUUUCAGAGAACUCCUCAAUGCUUUGGGUGGAGGCCAUCCAUGGUCUUCAUCUGAACGGUUAGCUUAAGAUGAAGUAGAGGAGACCUUUCCCCACCACUUCCCAAAUCAUCUUUAGGUGCAUGGAUGAACUGAGUUUUGAUAGCUGAACUAUCAAAAUUUGGCUAAACCUAGCAUGAGUUUAAAGAUUUGCACAUUUUAUUUCUGGGUAUCCUGUCUGGCAUGAACUGAGUCCUUGUUUGUAAAGAAUAGGCCACGUUUCUUGACUCAGGUAAAAGACACAAAAGUAUGUUUUGGUUUUUUUUGAGUGCCUUUUUUUUCAACCCAUGUAAUGUAGAUUUCACCAAAUGCUGGAACUUUAGCGAUGACAAACAGUCUUAUUAGUAAAUACAUACAAGAGCAGAAAGCCUUUAACUGAU